AUGUACACCUGUACACCCGUAGAGGGCAGCUGCACACCAGAAGAUCUCAUUCUCGAUGGUCAUGAGCCUCCAUUCACACUUCUGCGGCUCAGUGUCCUCACCAGAGAACUUGUGUCGACCCCAAGCACAGAGGGUGGCAAGAAAUCAAAUACCAUACCGUUGACAUUUCCAAAGUGUGAGCGAGAGGACAAGUGCUGCCAGCUCAAAACAGAAAGGGUUGCUCGGGAUGCCCGGCCCCUGCCCCUUCGGCUGGCAGCCCUCUCGGUGCUGAUCCGUACCCAGUGGGCAGCGCAAGGAGCUGCACCAACUGGUCAGUGUAGGGCUGCUUCUGCUGUGGGGCUCAGCCACCUGGGCAGCCCGCCAGGGCGGCGGGCCAAAAUCUGGAGGUGCCGGGGGCCAAAGUUCCCGUUGGGUGCCUUGGUCACCCGCUGCCCCGGGCGGGCCAUUCCGGAAAGCAGGCUUCUCACACUUGUGGACAACAAUCUGCUGAAGAAGACAACUCUAAGAAAGCAAUUCGAAGCAACAUCCCUUCCAGGAAGAUGGGGGGGUCGCUCUGCUGAGAAGGCCCCUUCUGGUUCUGUGCGGAAGACAAGCAAGAGCAAGCAGAAGACUCCUGGCAAUGGAGAUGGUGGCAGCAGCAGCAAAAUGCCCCAGCCCCCACGGAAGAAAAGGGCACGAGCUGUUGCCACUGUGGAGAGUGAGGAGGCGUUGAAGAAGAGAGUGGAUGUGGAAGUGGAAGUGAAGAUUCCUGAAGAAUUAAAACCAUGGCUGGUGGAGGACUGGGACUUGGUCACUAGGCAGAAGCAGUUGUUCCAACUCCCUGCUAAAGAGAAUGUAGAUGCCAUUCUUGAGGAGUAUGCCAAUUGUACGAAGUCCGGAAGGGCUGAUAAUAAGGAGUAUGCAGUUGAUGAAGUUGUGGGGGGGAUAAAAAAGUAUUUCAAUGUGAUGCUGGGCACUCAGCUGCUCUACGAGUUUGAAAGGCCCCAGUAUGCUGAGAUCCUGCUGGCUCACCCUGAUGUGCCAGUGUCACACAUCUAUGGGGCACCACACCUACUGAGAUUAUUUGUGAGAAUCGGCGCCAUGUUGGCCUAUAAGCCCCUUGGUGAGAAGAGGGCAGUGUUGGCCAAUACACCCUUCGAUGAGCAUAGCCUUCCAUUACUGCUGGGCUAUUUGCAUGAUUUCCUUCAGUAUCUGGCAAAGAAUUCUGCUUCGCUGUUUACUGCCAGUGAUUACAAAGUGGCUUCUGCUGAGUAUCACCUCAAAGCCCUGUGA